AAACUUGACCAACUUCAAGUGUCCCAGAAGAAGCAGAGUCAGGUUGGAGUGAGACAUGAGGAAAGUCUUCUACACGAGACGGUCACCAGGGAGGAAGAACUACAGGCUUACAUACGGGAGCUGGAACUGGACUGCAAGGCAGCCAAACAGGCUUUUGAAAGGCUAAAGACAGAGAAUGAGCGCCUCCAGGCCUUGUCUAAUGAACUAUCCCAGCAGGGAGAGUCAACACAGAGCCAGUGUGCACAGCUGCGGAAAGAGAACAAGGAACUGAAACAUCGAGAAAAUCGCAAUCUCACAGAUUAUGCAGAGCUGGAAGAAGAGAAUGUUUCGUUGCAGAAACAGGUUCUUCAGCUUAAGCAGGCACAGGUGGAUUACGAAGGCAUGAAACACGAGCGCAAACGUCUCCAGGAGGACGUGGAGUACCUUACUGCUCAGGUGGAAGAAAUGGCACACCUGAAAAAUAUUGUGGAGAAAAAUCUAGAAGAGGCCCUCGCUGCAGUUCAGCUUGAGCGUGAACAGAGGCACUCUCUGAAAAAAGAACUCGAUCAGCGCAUUGAAAAUGAAAGGUUAAAACUGAUGCAGAGUAGUUACAAUGCCCAAUUCAGUGGGCUGGAUUUUAAUGAUGGUUUCAAACUCGGUGGACACGACGAAAACAACCACGAGUUUGAGAUCGAUCACAACAGUGAUCAGCCAGCCCUGAAAAGGAUCGAGGCAGACUUUUUAGUGUCGACACCAAAAAUUGCCCCUGUUACGCCAGUCCAGGGGGACUUGUUCAGCGAGAUCCACCUCACGGAGGUGAGAAAGCUGGAGGAGACCCUAGAACAGACUGAACUGGAAAAAUCAGAGAUUUCACGGAAUUUCGAAGAAUCUCAAUCACAGCUGGAGGAGCUGAAGAAGGAAUUGGAACUUCAAAAGGAGAAGGUUCAGUCCCUUCAGGCCCACAUUAAUGCAGUGUCCACUGUCCAAGAUGCCAAGUCCCUGGUGGCUGAACUGGACGACAUGGCAAUUGUCGACGGGGACGAAAACAUAGAGGGUAUGACAGAAAGUGAGAAAGAAAUUCACAAGCUCAGAAAAGCACUUCGUAAACAGGAACUCCAAUACUCCACUGCUGUGCAGCAAAUAAAUGAACUUCAGGCAGCCAUGACUGGCGUCAAAGCUGCCGAUUCUGGCGAUGACCAAAAGGAUGCAAUGUCAAAGCUCCAGUCUAAGCUAAGGGAGUAUGAAGACACCAUGCAAAAUCUCCGAACUGACCUCAGUGCUGCAACAGGUGUUCUGGGUAAUACUCAAGAGGAGCUGAUUCGUGUGGUGGAGGAACUGGCACAGCUGUAUCACCACGUGUGCGAAGUAAAUGGUCAGACGCCGAGCAGGAUAAUGUUGGAGCACAUCAAGGGAAUGAGCAGUUUCACUCGCAGGGACAGCAGCAAGGAUCUGGAGGAAAGCGGCAAAGAGGGUUCUCCUGCUGAUACUUCUGAGAAUGCAGACAACAAAGGUGACUCCCAGCAGCCAGAGAAAAAGGAAGAAGAGUCUUCUUCCAGCAGUUCUGCUCCAUCAGGAGACCCCAUGGCAUGCUGCAAGCUGACAGAAACUCUGCAAGACCAGGUAAAGCACCUGAGUCGUGCUGUCAAACGCACAAUAGAGGCAGCACAGAAGAACAAAGAUGGCGAUAACAUGACGUCUGACGUCGAAGAGCUCCAGGACCAGAUUGUGAAGCUCAAAGCCAUGUUGUCCACCAAAAGGGAACAGAUUGCUACACUGCGCAGCGUCCUCAAGGCCAACAAGAACACCGCAGAAAUCGCCCUCCAGAAUCUCAAGUCCAAGUACGAGAACGAGAAGUCCAUAGUGACCGACACCAUGAUGAAGCUGAGGAAUGAACUGAAGGCAUUGAAGGAGGAUGCUGCCACGUUUUCAUCCCUGCGCGCCAUGUUUGCUCAGCGUUGUGAUGAGUACGUCACACAGCUAGACGAGAUGCAACGCCAACUGUCCGCAGCCGAAGAGGAGAAAAAGACCCUAAACUCCCUCCUGAGAAUGGCAAUACAGCAGAAGUUGGCUCUGACUCAGAGACUGGAGGACCUGGAGUUUGACCGCGAGCGUCGCAACGUGCGCAGCCGCCAGGGAGGGCGAGGAAAACCCAGCGGCAGAACAAGUUCAGAUUCAGAAGAAGAAGCGCCAUCAUGAAAGAAAGAAAGAAGAGAGGAUGUUAAGGCUAAGCUUGAUUGUGCUUUACAUGUCUCAAAUGCAUGAACUGCUAUGAGUUUGUGCAGACGGCAGUGUGAGCAUGAAAUCUCACUGUAGGUGGCACUUGUAGUGCCAAGAUGAGACCAAACAUGAUACAGCUCUGCUCAAAGUACUGAUGUGGUAUAACUUUUUGGUUGAAAUUAUAUAAAAAUACACGAGUAAGAACUUGUACAAUGGCUUUAAAUGAUCAUUGAAGUUUUAAAGCGUAUUGUGAUUAUAAGGGUUCGGGUGAGCAGAUUCAGGAACAACCCCAGACAAGAGCAGUGCUGUAGACAUUGUAAAUGCAGUGCUGUAUGACUGUAUUCUACGUAGCUUGAUGGCAGCAAUGUAUGGUGUACACCUUAUACCCUGAAGUUCAGAUGCUUUGUGUAGGUGUAGCACGUGUAGCUUUAUGAUAGCAGUGCAUGGUGUACACAUCACAUUGCUCCAUGGCAACACUGCAUAGUGUGCACCUUACACCCUGAAAUUCAGAACAUUGAUAGAGAAAUGCCUAAAUUAACCUCCAAGACGUCUGAUGGUUAGACCACUUUUUAAAUUCUGUUAACUGGACACAGUUUUGGCAUAGAAUGAAAUGUUAUUCUCUCUUGAUGUUCUUGAACUGUGGAGCUUUGGGCUUCUCCAGGUACACUUGAAAUGAGUUAUGUAUGUCACUGAGGAAUUCAAAAAUUUGUGUAUCUGUUAUGAUAAAAAGAUACCAACACAAACAGUCAUUGAGAUUUAAAAAGACUAAUCACUUUGUGUAGAGUUAUAAAUAACACAAUGAUUUGUUCCACAUACGAUUGAUAAACCAAGUCAUGAUGUUAUAUUGCUACUAGUACUAAUAUAUUGUACAUUAAUGCAUCAAGAGACGCUCUAAUAAUUUGAUAUCGGCUUUUUUGUAAAUGUGCAAUUUUGUAAUGGAUCUUUUCCUUCCAGCUGUUCUCCUGUUCGUUUAUUUAAUUAAUCUCUGAUCAUUUAGUCUUUCAUCUUAUCAGCUGAGUGGAUGUGUUCUCCCUGAAGUUUAAACACAAGGAACACAAAACGAAGUGCCAUGUUACCCUGUGGGCAGAAUGUGUACACAGGAGCAGUCAAAUUACACUUACUUUUUUUUCGAAAAUUAUUUAAUGAACGGUCAUGUAUUAUCAGAUACUUGUUCUGAAAAUGAGGCCAGGUCAGUAGUUGAUAUGUAUAUUUAUUGAG